GGGCAGAGACCCAGCCUGGCUGUCCUGGUCCCGGGAUUCUCCAGGGUCGCUCUGCCACGCGCGCAGAGACACUAGCCACCGCCAGAUUCCAUGAGCUCCCAACAUGAACCGAAAGAAAUUGCAGAAGUUGACGGACAACUUAACUAAAAAUUGCAAGCACUUUAAUAGAUCUGAAGUGACAUGUCUCAUAAAGCUUUUCUAUAACUUGGUUGGAGAUGUAGCAGAUCGACCAGUUGCAGUUGUUGGACUAGAUCGUAACGCAUUUCGGAACAUCCUACAUGUAACAUUUGGAAUGACAGAUGACAUGAUUAUGGACAGAGUAUUCCGAACUUUUGAUAAAGACAAUGACGGCUGUAUAAAUGUAUCGGAGUGGGUUAACGGAUUAACCGUGUUUCUUCGAGGAUCCUUAGAUGAAAAAAUGAAAUAUUGCUUUGAAGUGUUUGACUUGAAUGGGGACGGCUUCAUUUCAAAGGAGGAAAUGUUCCACAUGUUGAAGAACAGCCUUCUGAAACAGCCAUCAGAGGAAGACCCAGAUGAAGGAAUUAAAGAUCUGGUUGAAAUAACACUUAAGAAAAUGGAUUAUGACCAUGAUGGGAAGCUAUCUUUUGCAGACUAUGAAAAAGCUGUGAGAGAAGAGACUCUUCUGUUGGAAGCCUUUGGACCAUGUCUACCUGAUCCAAAGAGUCAGAUGGAGUUUGAAAGCCAAGUAUUCAAAGAUCCAACUGAUUUCAGUGAUAUGUGAAUUCUAAAUGCGCAUUGUUUGAAUGUCUCUCUACCCUAACCCUCCUGAGGGUCCCCUGGAACUGCCUGACUGCAUUGCAGUGUCAUAGUCCCCCACUGCCUGGAUUCCUCUUCUGAAUGUCCUCAUCAGGGAUGGUACAUAUUUUGUGCUAAGUGUAUCCACCAGCUGUAAACUCCAGAAGACACAUCCUCCUUCUCCCUUUAGCUAUCCUGCAGCAGAUGCUUGUGGGCAUUAUAAGCAGGAGAAAGACAGGGCCUAGUUAGCUUUGUGUGAGCUCCUUUUAACACAUGUAAGUAGUUGAGAGAAAUAGACAUGAUAUCUGCUGUCAUUUAGAUUUUGUUACUACACAUGCACUAUUAAAUGUAAACAAAUAAGUAUAUUCUGUGAAAAACUGGGCUGUUAAUAAUGAAUAGAAUAAGCAAUUCUGUGAAAUAAAAAUAUUUCACUGUGUAUUUUCUAAAAAAUUUAGCUGCUUGUAUAGAUGGGAUUUGACACAAUUCUUCUAUUUGCAGUUGGUAUAAAUAAUACAUCACACAGUGUUUUAAAUUUUCCACCUUUGCUUUUAAUUAACAAAUAAAAAAUUUUGUAUGUUUAA